CCUCAGCAACACCGCCACCACUCUCUUCACGCCUUCCUCCUUAUGCCCUUGUCCUUGGCGGCUCCUCUCACCACCCUGGCCAGUAUAUGGAUAGAAGCUCCUUUUUUCAGCUCAUACAAGAGCAGCUGGAUCCAGACAACACCGGUUUCAUCGCAGUGGAGAACUUCACCAGCCUGGUGGAGCACCAUGAGCUGCAGCUGGACCCGUCCAAACUGGACAUGCUGUUAGCGCUGGUCCAGAGCAAUGAGGACGGCCAAGUGUGUUACCAGGAGCUCAUCGAGCUGAUGAGCAGCAAGCGCUCCAGCAGUUUCCGACGGGCCAUCGCCAACGGUCGGCGCACGCUGCAGAGGGAGAUCCUGCUGGACGAGACGGGCCUGGGCCUCUACAAGCGCUUUGUCCGCUACGUGGCCUAUGAGAUCCUGCCCUGUGAGACUGACCGGCGCUGGUACUUUCACCAGAACCGCCUGUGCCCUCCGCCUCUCUUCAUCGCCGUCAUCACCAUCGUCCAGAUUAUCGUGUUCAUGUGCUACGGCAUCAUGCUCAACAAGUGGGUGCUGCAGACCUACCAGCCGGACUUCAUGAAGAGCCCGCUGGUUUACCACCCGGGCCACCGUGCUCAAGUGUGGCGCUUCUUCAGCUACAUGUUCAUGCACGUCGGCUUGGAGCAGCUGGGCUUCAAUGCUUUACUACAGCUGAUGAUCGGAGUCCCGUUGGAGAUGGUCCACGGCGUCUUACGAAUAAGUCUGCUUUAUAUGGCGGGAGUGCUGGCGGGUUCGCUGACGGUGUCCAUCACCGACAUGCGUGCUCCGGUGGUGGGGGGCUCCGGCGGGGUCUACGCUCUCUGCUCGGCACAUCUGGCCAACGUUGUCAUGAACUGGGCCGGGAUGAGGUGUCCGUACAAGCUGCUCCGCAUGAUCCUGGCGCUGGUUUGCAUGAGCUCGGAGGUGGGUCGAGCAGUGUGGCUGCGCUUCUCCCCGCCGCUCCCGCUGUCCGGGCCGCAGCCCAGCUUCAUGGCCCACCUGUCGGGCGCCGUGGUGGGCAUCAGCAUGGGCCUCCUGAUCUUACGCAGCUACGAGGAGAGCCUGCAGAAGCAGUGCUCCUGGUGGGUCAUCGUCUUCUCCUUCAUCACCUUCCUCCUCUUCGCCAUCUUUUGGAACAUCUUCGCCUACGAGCUGCUGGGCGUGCAGAUCCCGCCCGCUCCCUGAUGAAAGCCUCGCACGGCUGACUUCAGAACAGGUUUUUGUUUGUUUGUUUGGUUUGGUUUUUUUAAAUACAUUUUAAAACCAUCCGUUUCGACCGCCGACGACAUCGGGAAUCAUUUGCAAAAUGAAGAAAUAUGUCUCUUUUAUUAAAGAGGGUAGUGGCAGAACAAGUUUUUAUCUUUUUGGGACUCUCACUGAGUGGCUGUGCUCGUUUAAAAGCUGAUUCAUUACGUGCCUGCGGUGAAACAAACAAGGAGAGAUGCCACAAAAACAACAACAACAACAACAACAACAAAAAAGAAUGUCCUUACAAAUGCUCAGCGGCUCGCUCAGUUUGAUUAGCUGUUACCGUCAAGGGGGCCGUUUAUUUAAUCACCAGGGGUUAAUUGUCACCUUGGACCGACACUGUGGAUCUUUGACAUGCAGCUUAAGGUCCGUGUGCUAGUACGCGCUUUGUCCUCACAAGUAAAACAAUUCAGCGCACUAGAAAAACGACUGUGUGUUACUAGUAAUGUUUUAUUUCCACUACUGGUGCCACUUUUGGCUGCACAACGCAAGCUUAUUCGUAAGCUACUGCGCUAUACUAGUAACACAACAAGGCCCAACCACUAGCAGGAUAACAAGUGUGCGCUAGUAUAACAACAGUGUCUUACUAUUCGUUUUUGUUUUCUUUUGGCCUACUAGUAUGACCUUAAGCUAGAUAUCAAGGAUGUAAAAAAAACAAAAAAACAGCUUUUGUAUCCUUGCUCAAACGGCUUUCCUUAAAGCUAUUUUCAGCUUGUACGAUAUUAGAUACCCUUGGUCCUAGUACUAGUACACUCUUUGUCCUCAUAAGACAGUUUAGCGCACUACUGGAAGGGCUGUAUCUUUCUCGUAAUGUUUUUCCCAUUACUAGUCCCACUUUUGGCCGACUAGUAUGACCUUAAGUUGGAUAUCAAAGAUAUUGAAUAAAUGCUAUUUGAUAUGCUUGAUAUCGAACUCGAACUUGAAGUCCAUGAACUAGUACACUGUUUCUCCUCACUAGUUAGACAAUUCUGCGCACUAGUAAUGACUUGGACGUACUAGUAGAACAACUGUGUCUUCGUAAAAUGUUUUCCACUACUGUAUGAAAUUUCCGCACACUUGCAGGACAACUUGGCACAGUUUUGUCUCUCUAGUAACGUGGUUCCACUACUAGUAUGCCAGACUUGUUCUACUAGUUUGUAGAAAUGUCGAACAACGGGGAAAAUGUAGUAAGACGCAGUCGUUCUACUAGCGUUCUCUUUUAUCGGCCGGACAAUAUCAUACCGUUUCAAAUCGGCAAAAAUCAAACGAUUUUUGUUUUCCGAUUUUAAAUUUUUUACAUUUAUUUAUUUUUAUUUAUUUUUGUACACAUUAAAACAUAAGACUAAAAUAAUUCAAUUUUUAAAAAAUCGGAUACCUUCCUUGUUGUUGUAAAGUCAAACAAAUACUGAAGGAUCAAAUAUUGUAAAACAGUCAAAUGUUCUGCCUGUCAUUCAUAUCUUUUUCAUUGUAAGCAUAAAGGAACCGAUAAAGAAUUAAUUGUAUUCAUUAUACAGCUAUAGUUCUGAAAGUAAUCGGACGAUUCAUCGGUUAGCGGGAUUUUAUUCUGCCAAAUAUCUGAAUCGGCAUCAGCCUAAAAAAAUCCCGAAGACCGUACUAGUACGAGGACCGUAAACUGGACAUCAAGGAUAUGCAAUAAAUGCUCAAACGGCUUUCCGUCGUCGGAGGCCGUCGGGAGGUAACCAUGGCGAUGACACUGGUGAGGAGACGGUCAUCACAAUGUAAUUACUAUUUGCUGUGUCAUGCUUUGAGGUACACACGCACACACACACGCACACACACACGCACACACGCACACACGUACGUCUCUUGUGGGUUUUUGUCUUUGAGAGCAGCCACUUCCUGGUUCUGCAGGAAGUGGCACGCUUCGUACAGACUGAACUGAGGUUCAGGCAAUACCUCAGCCUGUCCUCCGUACGGCCUGUAUACUUUUUUGUAAAGGAAUAUAACUACAGAGCGCAGGGGGAGGGGGGACUCAUUUGAUAAUAGUGUUGUGCGCGUGUUGUCCGUUCACCACCAAGAGUCUCUUUAUGGAUUUCAAAGGGUGCAAAAAGAAGGCUGCGAUUGUUGUCCCUCACUUGACUUUAUACAAACUUUAGUGCUUUACAAAAUAAGCCAUAGGAAGAACUAAUCCGAGAUGGUUUUCAAAGAAAAAAGAAAAGAGGACAAAAAGAGCUGCAGGUGGGUAGCAUCGCUAGCGUGUGGAAGUCACGUUAUUCAUUGUGAAUAUUCCAAGUCAAAGACGACGAAACUGUGCGAGGACACGCCUUUGAAACUUUCUCAUGUAGCUGACUUUUGUAUUUUUUCCCUCCCCCCUCACCUUUUUCACCGCUCGUACAAGUUGUUCAUAGUUGACGGUUUGUUUUGCCGACGCGCAUAAAGUCCCCGCCCGCCCGCAGUGCGUGCGGACGCGGGCGGGCGGGCGGUCGAAUUCCAAACGAUAUGGAUUUCUGUCGCGCGACUCAAGCCGAGGAUCGCGUUCGCUCCUUCACCCCUCCCGUUUUCACUCGUCCGAUCAUCAAUUCAUUUGAACGUUACUUGGCUGAUCAUUUGAUACUUUUGCCAAUGGGUUCAUAAAUUCGAUUCCUCUGCAGUCCCUCCUGGAUGAAACCGUCACGCAGUAUCGCAACUCGGCCCGAGUAUUUGGAAAAUUAGAAGAAAAUCAACCAUUACGUCGGAGUAAUGGCUAAUCGAUGGAACCCGCUCGUGUUCACGAAGAAAUGUUAUUGCUGGCCGAAGCGAGGAUACAGUACAGCGAUGAAUAAUGCAUACAUACCCCGGUAGCCUAUAAUGAAGAAAAAGGGGAUGUCUGAGCGGAGGUUCAUGUGCCUCUUUAACUUUUAGAUUCAUAGGAACUUGUAAAAAAAAAAAAAAAAAAAAAAGGGCUAGUAAGUGCUUUUGGAUUUUUGUAAAAAAGAAAAAAAAAAAAUAUAUAUAUAUAUAUAAUAAUAAUAAAAAACACAUAUACACACACACACACACCAAUUCGUCUACACACAAACUUGACUCUUUAAUUUGUUCAAAUGAGAUGAAGCCAAUUGAAAAAAAUGGACACGGCUCCAAAAUGUUGAAGGGAACACUUGAAACUCACAUCCCAUAUCUCAGUGGAUGAAAUAUCCGUCCGUACUCUUUCUAUCGUGUUUCAAGAAUUCAACGAUUUUUGCUCGAUUUUUUUCGCUUCAAUUCAAUCAACAUCGUGUCACUCCUUCUGGUGUGUGCGCCUUGGCCACCUGGGGGGGCGGUAUAAUAUAGAUAUAGCGAUAUACAUACAUGGAACUGCUUAGAACAACAUUAUUAUUAUCACUGUUAUGUGAUAUGAUGUAAUUAAGCGUGCGGACUUUAAGGGAAAGUUAUGUGGUUGUGUUAAUUACACAGCGAAUAUGAAAUAACUAACAAUAAUUCUCUUUCUGUUGUUUAGUUUGACAGUAAACGUCAAUAAACCGAUUGAAGCGUCUUUCAAACCGUUGCUUGCUGUAAAGUGAGUUGAAUUGAGUUCACUGCCACCGUACGGCGCUCGUAACUCAAAUGUUUGCUCAUAAGUCAAUGCAAAAAUAGCCCAAACGACGGCUCGUAUCUCACAAAAAAUCCUAAAUCAGAUCACUUGUAUCUCAAGGCACCACCGUAUAGUCUGAUUUUUCUUCUUCUCUUAAGAGAAUGAAGGCGUCUUUUCCAGAAGAAAAGGCAAAAUAUUGUGAGAAUAAAGUUGUGUUUUUCAAAUUCACUUGACUUUAUUCUUGUAAAAUGAUGACUUUUCACCCCCCCCCAAAAAAGGUCUUUGUUUUUCUGAAGUUUGACAUUUCUGAACUUUUUUUGCAACUUUUUAUUUCUUACAGCAUUUAGGGAUACAUUUGUUUGUUACCGUGUGUGUAAUUGGCGUUAGGGGUUUCUUUUGAAAAGUUUCUUCUGGACCCAAAAAGCACUACCUGAGUGUUGCACCUCCUUCUGCUGAUACUAUCAGAUUGAUGAUGCGAUUAUGUGUCCCUUGAAUUUUCCUGAGCAGUGUAUCUGAUCACCGAGGGGGGCGAAACCGCCCCCCGUGUGAUUUAUCAGCCUAUCAAACUAUCAUGACAACAUCCCCGCUGUCAGCAUGAUGCAUGGCUGCAAACACACACCGGUAUCUCCCUUCAGUAAGUGGACCCGACAGGCUACGUGGUCUUCAUUGCAUUGGCAUAUUUUGUCCUGGAACACUUUGUUAAUGAUAGUAAUAAUGAUGACGAUGAUGGUGAAGAGGACGGGUUGGCAUUGAGUGACAGGAGCUGAGUUAUUGACGUGGCCUCCUCACGCAGCUCAUGUUUGGGUUCGCCAAGGUCAGCGAGAUGAUGUUGAAACGUCAACAGAAGCUUGAAUUCUGCUCGAUUCAUUGAGGCUUUUCAUGUUUGUAAACAAGAGGCGCCUGGGUACGUCCGGGUGGCAGGAAACAAAUUGAACUGAAAACUAGGAUAAAAAUGUGUUUGGUGUUGCGCCACCUGAUGUUGUUUAGGUUUAUUUCGGUUUCCUUAAAAAUAUAUGUAUCAAACUUAAUCCAGCAGAACCUCUGGGUGAGGAAGAUACAUGUUGCGACGUGCAGUUUGCUAGCCAUCUAUGCCUGCACCCCAAAAAUGCAUCUCGAUUUUGGAUCUGCUGGCUUGACAGCUUUAGAGCGCCUCAUUGUCGGCCACGAGUGCAUGCACGUCAUGGAGAGAAGGCGUAAGAAAGAGGUCAACAAAUUGUUAAAAGCCCAACGUGACAGCCAGCAUGUGGACUGGGGCUUCGCGCUGACAUGCCCGCUUCAGAGCGCCUCGUUGUAGCGCCGUUAAAAAUGCCCGUGGCCACCCGGUGAGAUGUAGUCCAGCCACCGAAGGCUGUAAGCGGAUAUAUUUUUCGUCAACGUUUUGUCUCCCUUGGAAGUAAUUUACCUCAUGUAAGAUUUCCUUUUCAACACUUCAAAGAAGACUAAAAUCCUCAUUCAAGCUAUUUUCUCAAUCGUUUUGCCGUGGUCAAAGAUUUGUUUACUCAUGGCGGAAUCGGAGAUCGCUCGCGCUUUUGCCACACGGAAGUAAGCGUGAUGUCGUGGUGAGAAGGUCUUUACAUGCCUGGUGUCAUAGUGUGCUUCUAACAUUGUCAUGUGCCAUAUUGUUUACUAGCAAUACAUUGUGCUAUUACGUCCGAUGCCUUGUUAUUGUCACCCCAGAUGAAAUUGAAGAAUAUUUCAUUCGAUUGUGCAGGUGUACAGUACCUCAUGAAAAGUCCAAGAGCUGUUGGAGAGCUGCUUCUAAUCGGAACACAAUCGCACAACUUGUGAUUCUUGACAGAAUGACUUAAAAGCAAGUCAAUCAGAAUUUCCACUGAAGUUAGCAGUAAUUGCUUUUAAAUGGAGGAAAGAAAUAAUGUGCAGGGGAAAAAAAGCAAGCGUGCCGCUCUGAAUGGGAAGUCAAAUAUGAGAGGUUUGUGUAGCAAAUGGAAUCGAGAAAAAAAAAAAUCAAAUAUUGUUUUUCAUUUUCUUUUUUAUUAUCAUUAUUAUUAUUUGCCUCACGAAUCCUGAGAGCUGUGUAAGCCACUCAGGUAGCCAUGUGCAUCCACGAGCUGCUUCCUGUGUCCACACAACGGUGCCAAACUUACCACAAGGUUCAAUCUCGCCGACAAGCAGACACGAGGUUGCACCAACACAGCGUUUACAACAACAACAACGACGACAAAAAGCUAUUUUUCUCUUCGUCACACGCAAGGAUGACUCAAUUUACAUGCGGAAUAUUUGUAUCAAAGUCCUCAUGAAUUAUUUCAUUACCUAUUGUAUGUACUUUUUAAAUGUUCUAAAAUUGAACCAUUUUAUAUUGUAUAUAUAUGAAUAUAUUUUGUUUUAUUUUGUACUGGUCAUUGUAUUUUGCUUUCAUUUGGAAACAAUAUAAAUAAAGAAUGAUACU